UAUUUGUUGAAGUAGCCAAGCCGAUCCAGCACGGGCAAACGAGCGUUUUUAUUUUUUGUGGAUUUUGGCGAAAUUUUUGUUGUUAUGAGUAUGCCCUUGCGAAGUUGUUCUGGGAUUUUCGGAGAGUUUUUAGGCGCGUCAGAACAGUGAACCUAGUGAUCGAACCGCGAAGUAUGCGACAUGAACACUUUCGUAAGCGUCCUCAUUGCUGUUAGCGCUGCGCUUUUCGCCAUCUUUCACAGCUACCCGGCUCCGCCGAAGUCCCCCCUACUCUACCAAUGGGAAAAGAAUGACGGGGGAUCCUAUUUCAUCGCGGACAACUACGAAAUUUUUUACAAAGAUGUGACGGGGAGUGCAGACAGUGAGGACAUCCUGUUGUGUCUCCAUGGCUUCCCGACGUCGAGCUUCGACUUUUACCUCAUGCUGCCCUCGUUGCGGAAGAUAUUUGGCAGGAUCGUGUUCUUGGAUUUUCUCGGACUCGGUUACAGCGACAAGCCCAGGUUUCACACCUACUCCAUUUUUGAGCAAGCCAAUAUCACCGAAGCUUUGGUGGCCAGGCUGAGGCUGAGGAGAGUGCACAUCUUAGCACACGACCUGGGGGACACCGUUGCCCAAGAACUUUUAGCGAGACAAAACGAAGGGUCCUUACCAUUCCAAAUCAAGACUCUGUGCCUUCUAAAUGGAGGAGUCCUUCCAAAGCACCAUCAUCCAAGAUGGUCUCAGAAGCUUCUGCGAAUGCCUGUGGUCGGAGUUGUGGCCUCAAGGCUAAUGAAUCAUCUAGCAUUCAGAGUUGCACUGAGCGACGUUUUUGGCCCCAACACCAAGCCCACAGCAACUGACAUCCACAACUACUGGCACCUGGCAAGGCUUAAAGAUGGCUACAGAGUAUUCGGACUGAUGUUGUCAUACAUCGAUGAAAGGGCCGAACACGAAGACAGAUGGGUGGGAGCACUUCAGAAGUCGGCGGCCCCAGUUCACAUGAUUUAUGGCCCCGCUGAUCCAGUGAAUCCUCCUCCUUUCCAAGAGCACUACAGGAAAGAGGUGCCAAGUUCGAGCAUUCAUGUUCUUCCCGAGCAUGUCGGUCACUAUGUGCAGUUAGAAGCACCACAGGAAGUCAUAGCUGCCUACUUGCCAUUCCUGGAGGCUAACGGUGUCAAGACCAAGACCAUAUCAGUCACCAUACCCAAGAGACUCAUCUGAACGCCAAGGUAAAAAUUCCUUGGUUCAUUUACUGCACAAAAUGGAUAGUUCUCUCCAGAGCAGUAUGCAGUAUACAAGGACUAAAGAAGGUCAGCACAAUGGCUUUGUAAGGAUUGUGAUAUGCAACAUUCCUUCAAGUGGAUUCUACAUUCAUAAAGUACAGGAAAGAAAUGUCGAAAGCAGGAAGACAAGUGUUGAUGGGUCGGGUUGUGUGGAUUUUAUAUUCAGAAAGACAAAUGCCAAGCUCUACCAAAGGUCUGUUUAGGAAAACAUGCAAUAUCGGUACACAAUUUUUUGUGUAACAAAAAGUGGCACUUUUCUAACUUUUAUGUGUCCUACAAAUACAUAUUGAUGAACAUCACUCAAGGCUAAAAUUUGUUCUAACAUAUGUUUGAUUUCUGUUUGCUUUUCGCAUGCCUUCGAACAACUUUUGUAUCUUUUCGUAGUCCUUGGGAGACAAGACAUUCCACAGGAAGGACACCUUGCAUUAUUUUGCAGAAGAAUGACUCUUUAUAUCCCGUUUUUUUGUACAUUAUUAGGCAAUAAAUGUGCCAUAUGAGAAA